AAAAAUCUUAUUUUUUUCUCGCGAGAGUCUGGGUGGUGUUUUGUUUCGUCUUCGGUCCGGCUGCUGAAAUAAGUGUAAGCUACUUGCGUGUUUAGUCUUUAAACUCCGAACUGCUUUAAGCGUUUUGUUGUUUAAACGAGAUACUUUGAGGCUUCGGAGAAAGCUAACAAAGUACUCUUUCCGUCGGAAGCACAUGCAAAUAGUCGUGCGUGGUUUCGCUUGUUUAUUUAGGAAGACGCGUUCACAAGUUUUACCACUGAGUCCAGUCAGCAAACAGGAUCUCAACUCAAUGUUGUCAGCGUCGUCUUAUAAUCGAGCGCCAUGUUCCACUCAUGGAAUACAGUUUCCAGAAGACAGCUGGAGGCUGAAGCAUGCCUCCGGGGACCUGUUCUCCUGCCCAAUGGACGAAGCCUUGGCCCACUGCAUCAGCGAGGAUUGCCGCAUGGGGGCAGGGAUAGCAGUGCUGUUCAAGAAGAAAUUCGGCGGGGUGUCGAAGUUAAAGGAGCAGCGGAAGCUGCCAGGACAGUGUGCAUUGCUGAUACAGGAUGGACGUUUCAUCUACUAUCUGAUCACAAAGAAAAAAGCCAGUCAGAGACCCACGUAUGAAAACUUGAGACUGAGUCUGGAAGACAUGAAGUCUCACUGCUUAAAGAACGGUGUCAAGAGGAUAUCGAUGCCUCGUAUUGGGUGUGGCCUGGACAGACUGCAAUGAUCAAGGGUGUCAGAGAUCCUGAAACAGGUCUUCAAGCACACUGAUAUCUACAUCACAGUGUACAGCCUGCCCCAGAAAGAAGAGACCACAGUGAUGGAGGAAAAUAUGCGCAAAUGAUUCAUGGUUUUGCUUAUUGUUGGCUGUGUUCAUUUUAUGCACUUUUUUGUAUUACUUCCACAGUAUGAAGCCAAUACUUCUUCUAAUGGAAAAGCAGUUAUGUUAUGAGUAAAUUGCAAAUAAAACACUAUUUUUUUUUUUUUUUUACAAAUCAGUUGUACUUUAAAGAACCUCUGCAAAGACAUGGCACAGAACUCCUUAGCAACUUUGUUAAUGGAAAGCUUGGCUCCCUCUUGUGUGAAUAUAGGUUUUAUUACCGAAUUAUGAUUUAACAGAAACAUUUUAACACAUAUCCUACUGGUUUUAGAAUACACACAAUUCCAAUAAGGCAUUUUUGAAGCUUUUACUUUAUGAUAUUUUAAUAUUUAUUUUCGAUAGAUUCUAAAAUAACCAUAUUUCAGUUUCUCAUCAAACUACGCACAGCUAUUUACAAAAACAAGAGGUGUCUUGGUGAUUUAUCAGAAAGCCCAUAUCUUUGAUAAAUGACCAUUAAAACCCUCCUAUCAGCUUUUGGUUAAACCACUGCUGGCAUAAAUGACAGUUUAAAGUUCAGUCAGACUGGAUGUAGUUUAUAUUUUUGGGUUUAACUCAGAGAUGCUCUAUUAUACCAAAUGCUAUGCAUAUCCAUUAUUUUUGAGACCUCUGCUUUUAAAUCAGACUGCCUUUGUUGAAAAAGGUGUACAACUAAAGCAUUACCAUAGAGGAAAAAAUUUACAGAGCCAUACCCUUUUUGCACUUGGCUGCAUAGUUAUUUAUUUUUUUUGUAGACUACUUUUUGUACAAGUGUAAAACGGAGUGCUUUUAUUGAGGUUAAAGCGGAUCACUAGAAGCUAUGCUAAGUUAAAGGAAAAGGAUUUGUUUGGAAAAUUAAAAUAUAUUUUCAAGGCUGGAGAAAUGGGACCAUGUAGUGAGGAAAAACGUGAAAUAAAUAUAAAAAUUUUAAAAAGACAUACAUUCUAAAACCUAAACCCUAAACGGUGAACAUGGAAAAACUCUGUCAUUCAAAACAAACAUAAGUGUAACACAAUCCAUUUGAAAAUGCAAAUCUUGGUAACAUUUUUAAAUAAAAUUUAAACAAAAUUAUGAAGUUCAGCUAAAAGUCAGAUCAAAAGCCAGACUAUAGGUUAAGGUUUUUAGGUUGCGGUAACACUCCGCUGCCCUCAUGUCUUCAGGAAGGCUGUUCCAGAAGAUGGGAAGCGCUGUAAAAAAAGAAUGUUGUCUCACUGGGAAUUUUAGUUUUCACUUCAGGUACCAAUAGAAGACCUAAAUGGUCUGCAGGGCCUGUCCAAUAAAAGCAAAUCUAAUAAAUAAGUAGGACUAAGACCAAUAACAGCUAAACAAUAAAUUCAAACCCUAAAAUCAACUACUAAGCAAAAGAAGAAUCCAUAUAAUGUGGUCCUCAGCUUUGUUGCAGCUCAUUUAUAUAGCAACGGUUCUGGAGCUAUGCUCUUAGCAAGAGCAGAAAUUUACUGAUGUGUCUAUUAAAGGUUAUACACUGAGAAAAAGA